CGGUCACAACAUUUAUACUUUAAAAAUAAAGGUCAAAAGUGGAGAGGGGAACGCGGGAUUAUCCAAUAUGAUCCAACAUGGCUGAAUAAUACUUCACGGUUCAAGACCGAUUCUCGGAACAGUACUUAAAAAGACCAUGUCUUUGCCUCAGCUGCCUCUUGGUAUCCCCGAAGAGGCUAGGUGGAAAACCCGGUUGCAAGAAUUCACCCAGAAAGCUUCUAUACCACUUCCUGUAUAUGAAACUAGUAAUGAAGGGGGCCCACACGCACCACUCUUUCAAUCACGAGUGUGGGUCGAUGGAAUAUGCUUCAUUUCCUCAAAUACAUUUUCAAACAGAAAGAUGGCCGAACAGGAUGCUGCAAAGCUUGCAUUCAUUUGCACUGUGCAAAAAGUAAAGGAGGAGGGAUAUUCACUCAUACGUGAGAGCACGGUCUUUUGCAAGAUGAUUGUCAAUGAGUAUGCUUUGAAGAUGGGUUGGACAGCACCUACUUAUACCAUGAAUGAGUCAAAUGCACCAAUUCCCACAUUUAUAUCUUCAUUGGUUCUAAAUGGUGUUGCUUAUGUUGGAGAUGUGGCAAGAAGUAAGAAAGAAGCAGAGCAAUCAGCUGCACGCUCAGCUAUAUUAUCAAUUCUAGAGUCUGAAUCUAGCACUACUAUGUCCGAGAUAGUCAAGUCCAAAUAUAAGUUAUAUGACCCUGGGAUGGGCCCCACUCAUGGUAGUGGCAUAACUCCCUCAGUCAAUAAGAAGAGAAAAGAAGUUGAUGUUAGUGCAGGCAAUAUUGCUACUGGUCCUUUUGCUCAUAUUCCUCCCAGUCCUCAAAUGAUGCAUCCACAGUUCAAGAAGCCUACAACUGGAACUCCGAUUGAACUCGUUCCAGUUCCUCUAAUUCAAUUUGUGCCUGCAUCUUGGGAACAAGGUGUGGUAAGCUCGGUCCCUGGGCAGAUGAAAAAUCGAAAAAAUAAGAAGAAGAAGAAGAAGAAAAAGAAAGUUGAAUGCUAGUUUCUCUUUGUGCGAGUUUUUCACAUGUUUCUUGCUGCAAAUCCACUAACUGGGUUGAUUCAGUUUUCUCUUGACUCUUUGAUCUGUACAAGAUUAAAUGUUUUCUUGUUUAUUGUAGUUGGUCAAUCCUAUCAAUUUCCUCCUUGAUUGCUUUUCUGAAAAAGUAAAUUACUAUAUUUUCAUAACUUGUAGUCAUUUUGUACUAGUAAAUCUUUUACUCCCAAGUUUGCCUACACACAUGAUCUAAAAGACAUCAUCCUUGUGCCCUUGUCUGCCUAUGCAACUUGUCUAGGUGUGCCGGAGCAAGCUUUGAGGCAUUGUUGUGUGCAAUGGAUAUAAGAUACAUUGGACUGGGAGUAUCCAGUCCAAUAAAAAAGUAAUGACCAA